GUGUUACCUGAACACAGCCAGGAGAGUGUGAGGCCCACAGGUGAUUUGACUAACCCGUUUCCUUAUUUUAAUUCAGUCAUUCAAAUGUCGAAUCAUUACCGCAAAACAAAGAGAGAAGUUUAAAGCUGAAAGACAAACACCAAACAGGCAGUUAAACUCCAGGUGAGUCUGUGUGUGAACAGACCUGGUGAUGGUGCAGUGUGGGGCCAGACAGACUUCAACCAGCGGUGGGUUUAAAUGACUGAGUUUUGAUGAGGAGCGUCUUCAUCAUUCCUCCUCCUCCUCCUCGUGUCUGAUGCUUCCUGUCUCUGCUGACGGCUGAAGACUCAACAUCCUCCAUCUUUCUCCAAACCACUGCUCCACCAGCCAUGAAUCCCUAUGGAGACAGAAACCUGAACUCUCGCCCCCGUGAUGUCACUGAUCCACCUCCGUAUUCAGCCCCAGGUCCCUACGAUAAUUCCCAUAAUCCACCUCUCCCUCCAGUCAUACAGACAGGUCACAGCUCUCUGAUGGUUCUGAGUCAUAACUCUCCUCCCUAUCAGACCUCGUCAGACCGGGAUGGAGGUCAAAACCUGGUCCAGUCGGACCGCUCCGCCUUGGCGCUCCCAGGCUCUGGCCUCAGAUCCAUGCCUCCAGUCCUGCCCCAAGCACAGACUCCAUCUCCAGCUUCCAUCCCUGCACUAAACCCUUACCCCGCCCCCACCCCCGCCACCCCCCCGUCCAGCCAGGUCUCCAUCAUCAUCCCGUCCCCAGACCUCCGCCCGUCCCCCCUCCCGUCGCAGUGCUCCGAGGACUCCUGUCCGGACCUGGAGUGCUCCAUCUGCUUCAGCCAGUUCAACAACGUCUUCCGCUGUCCCAAGAUGCUUCAAUGCAAGCACACGUUCUGCCUGGAGUGCCUGGCGCGCAUCAACGUCAAGUCGCCCGAGCCCAGCGCCAUCCAGUGCCCGCUGUGCCGCAGCCUCACGCCCCUGCCCACCCUCGGCCUCCCCAAGCUCACCACAGACCCGGACGUGCUGUCCUACCUGCCGGCCGCCAUGCAGAGGGUCUACAGCAUCCGCUUCCUGCGCAAUAAAGGGAAGCUGGAGGUCAAAAGGUCAGCUGAAAGUCAUCGGCGCUGGGGUCAGAGGUCACUGACGUCUCUGAGGUCAGUGAACCGCUCUCUGGAUGUGGGGCUUCCCAGCCCGCCUGUCGGGGGCGGCGGCGAGGCGGGGGGCGUGGGCGGCGCCCUGUUCAGACUGACGGGCCGGCCGGCGUGCCGAGCCUUCCUCCUGACCUCUGUGGUGAUGAUGAUGGUGCUGCUGACCGGCAUCAUCAUCUUCCUCUUCACCGUCAACAAAGGUUCAUCCUCACCGUGAGUGACAUCACAUUACAUCACUUCCUGUCUUCCUCCUGCAAAAUCUGCUUUUAUUUCUCUGAUUGGAAAAACAGAAAGGCAUCGAACAGUAAAAUUCCACCGUCCCAAAGGAGUUCAAUGUUUGAAUCCAGUUAAUGAGCAACAUGUGUUUCACUGCUGCGGUUUAAAGAUGAAAACACAUCCAGAUGUGCAGUAAAAAGCAUCACUCAGGCUGUUGUGCAACAAGCAGCUCUUAACUUGCUGGUGACAUCCAGAGCCAAGACCCAGGGAGCAGGAUCUGAUCAACACCAACCAACACCUGAGCUCAGACACUGAGGAGCAGUGGACUUUAAUCUGCUUCACCACAUUUAACUCGUGCCAAAGGUUUCAAAUGAUCAUUCACAUGUCUGAAAAUACAGACUCUCCUCAAUAUCAAGGUCUAAACUGAGAAUCAUGUUACAGCUGAGCAGGAAACGGAUCAGGUAGAUGGAGAAAUGGUGGACUUUUAUCUGCCUCUCGGUGCCAAAGGCUGUAAAUAAUCCCCCAGCUGCAACAAAAUGGCGGACAGGUAACAGCAGAGGUGGGUGCAGUGAUUUAAUCUGCCUCACAGCAGCUAAACAUCUGCCACAAGCUUCACUUAUUCACCUCAGGUCUGGUUAAAAACAAACACCACUUCCCAUGAGUCUUAUUGCUCAGGAUACAAAAUGGCCGUCAGGUAAUAGAAGCUGGCUGACGUGGUGAAGAGAAAUGAUGUGAUAGAAGAAGAGAGGUCAAAGUCUCUGUGGCUUCAGUCCAGCUGCAGAGAACAUUCAACCACAUUCAUCCUCUUUCACUUUGGGGCAUUGAAACAUGAUGUUACUAAAAUAAGACAUGUGAACGCCUCACUUUAAACACGACAUGAACCCGUCAGCAGGUGGCGCCUUCCUCUUCACCUCCUGUUCAAACUUUCUCUGGCAGCUUCCUGCACUUUAAACCCUCUGAAUGUCACGUGUGUGUUUGUGUGUGUGUGUUUAUUCCCUGCCAUUGAAAGUGACUGUUGUUUCUUGCUGGAGCUGCAGCUCAACCAAAUGCUGGAAACGGGAGCCAUGUAAAUGAGCUGAGCCACAGUCGGAGCGUGAAGCAGAGUCCAACACGUUUUAUAGAAACUGAUACAGCUGCAGACUGUAAAGGACCAGUAAUGUAAAGACGUUUCCCUCUAAGCUCCUGGUGGUUUUGGCUGUAGGAGUCCAGGGUUCAGGGAUGUCUCUCAGGUUUCUGCCUCCACCCCAGUACAGGUGGAUGUGUGUUUACAUCACAGAGUCUUUCUUUUGUAAAGACAUGCUGCAGUUUAGCUCCAGUUUUUCCUGUUGUGCUGGUGUGGAGGCAGAAAUGUGACCGACCUGAAAACCAACACGACCUCAGAGGUUGAGUUUCUGUCGUGAGGUGAAGAAGCUCCAGACUGUCUGCGUUUGGAACCAUAAGUUGUCCGUUAAGUGCCUGAAUUAAACUCUUAAAGUCUGAAUGUGAGGCGCUCUCGCUGGGUCACGGGUCAGUCCUGCUGCACACAGGGACCUGGGUCAGGUCCAGCUGAAGAAACAGAGGCAUGUUUGAAGUGAACGAUCAGGAGGUCAGAGGCAAAUUUAGCAUCAAAAAGAUGGUUCUCCUCUGAAGAUGGUGCAGCUGCCAACAAACAAAACUUUUCCAAAAGCACUUUGACUUGCAAAUGAAAUUCAACCUGAAAUCAGAAACUACCUUCUCUGUGUCCCAAACGUCACCUGUUUAAAAUAUGGAUUUUAAAAGAGGAUAACUCAAGUUGCCAAUGUUCAUGUGAUGAUUUAAGAAGAAAAACAUCUUCUUUUAAAGGUUACUGUUUUAUGUAGAGUCCUGUGUGUUUUAAGGCUCAGACCUGUUUUACUGUGCAAUGUAAAAUAAAUGAUUUUAUAUAUUUUUAUCUAACUGUUUUAGCAAAGCUUACACUGUUAC